AUGCCCCCAGAGCAUGAGGUGGCAGGGAGGGCCACCAGGGAGGAGAGGGUUAAGGCCUGGGAGCUGCGGCGGUGGCCGCGGGGGCCUAAGUUAGACGUGGCGGCAGGGGCGCGUCAAGCUGUGCUGGCGGCAGUUCAGCAGCGGAGGGAAAGGGUGGGGGCACCACGCCGGGUGUACUUGCCGCAAUUGGAGGGCUGUGAAAAGUUAGACUGGACAGUGGUGGCACCACUGCCUACGGAUAGGCCGUUGAGAGUGGUGGAGCUAUUCGCUGGGGUGGGGGCUGCAACACAGGCGGUUGCGCGGCUGGGUUACUCAAUCGGAGAGGUGAUAGCGUGUGAGCGAAGGGGGGCGGCGCGGCAGGUGCACAAGCACGCAGCGGCGCAGCUGUGCAGGGAGUUUCCAGCGCGGGUGGCACCCAAAUCUUCAGCCCAACUUCACCACCGCCUCCCGCAGGACAUCCAGCUGGUCACCGAGGCCCAUCUGCACGACUUGGGGCCUGUCGACCUGGUGGUGGCGGGGUGGCCAUGUCAGGGGAGCAGUGCUGCAGGCACGGGGCAGGGGUUGGACGACGGGCGGUCGGGGCUGUUCACGGAGCUGAUGCGGGUGCUGAAGUGCAUGCAACGGCUGCAUAAGGGCUGGGGGCGCUCUUUUGGAUACGUGGUGGAGCACUUGGCGGCAGGGUUUGACAAGCGCCCCAAGGUACGCGAGCAUUACGACGCGGCGCGUGGGUUGCUAGGGCCGGAGCUGGUGGUGGACGCUGCGCAGCUGGGGUCGAGGGCCCACAGGCUGCGAGCGUGGUGGACAAACCUGGAGGGGCCCGCGCUCUUGCGCACGACGCUGGCCCAACAAGCUCGUCCCCCCGGCCUCUUUGUGCACCAGGUGCUGGGGCGCGGGCGUCAGGCUAGGGCGCCCCAGACCUCAGGAGUGGCCCCUUGGGCCAAGGUGGAAAAACCAGGGGAUCCCAGGCGCGCGCUCAACACCUUUGUGAGUUACCCGGGGUCCUAUGCGUUCUCCAGGGGUGGUGGGGGCGUCCUCAGGUGUACGGAUGCAGCGGGAGAUGUCACCUUUGGGGAGCCAACGGCCGAAGAACGGGAGUUGGCAAUGGGUUUUCCGCGCGGCUUCAAAGCCGCUCCAGGAAUCUCAGAGCACACACGCCGCGAGUUGCUGGGACAAGCGAUGGAUCUCAACACCUUGAUGUGGCUGUUAGCUGCUUGUCGAGAGGGAGGGGCCCUCCGUUUGCAAACCUCGCGCAGCAGACUGGGAGGGGAAGUGGGUGCAAGGCAGUCUGUGCGAGUGGGAGGCGCAAGUGUAACGGCGCUAGCUUUCCGAGCCCCUCGCGGGGAU